UGCUGGUGCAGUUCAGAGGGAUAAAAAAACCAUGUUGGUUUCUGGACCUGGUGGAGGAUGGGAGUGGAGUAACACCAAAACCCUAACCCUCCAAGUCCUCAAUGGGCGGUGGUUCACGGUGUUUGCUUCCCUCUUAAUCAUGUCAGCCUCUGGCGCCACCUACAUGUUUGGUCUUUACUCCAGUGACAUCAAAUCUGUGCUGGGAUAUGACCAAAGUACCCUCAACCUUCUCAGCUUGUUCAAGGACUUCGGGUCCAAUGUUGGUGUCCUUUCUGGUCUGAUUAACGAGGUCACAUCCCCAUGGGUGGUCCUAUCAGUGGGUGGAGUCCUCAAUUUUUUUGGUUACUUCAUGAUUUGGAUGGCCGUGACCAAAAAAAUUGCUAAGCCUCAAGUUUGGCACAUGUGCAUGUACAUUUGUAUGGGUGCAACUUCUCAGUCUUUUGCCAAUACUGGAUCACUUAUCACUAGUGUCAAGAACUUCCCGGAGAGCCGCGGCUCCGUUUUGGGGUUCUUGAAGGGAUAUGCUGGCCUAAGUGGUGCUAUAUUCACACAGUUAUACUCUGCUUUUUAUUAUGACGACACCAAGGAUUUGAUUUUGUUGAUUGGGUGGCUUCCUACUGCCGUUUCUUUUGUUUCUCUUAGAACAAUUCGGAUUAUGAAGGUCAUUAGGCACCCCAAUGAGCUCAAAGUGUUUUAUAAUAUGCUUUAUAUCUCACUUGGGCUUGCUGGAUUUUUAAUGGUUAUGAUUAUAAUCCAGAAGAAUGUUCAUUUCACUCAAGGUGAGUACGGUGCUAGUGCUGCCAUGGUUAUUUUCUUGCUUGUCCUCCCACUUGCUGUGGUUAUUUUUGAGGAAUUUAAGAUCUUGGAAGGCAAGAAGCUCGAGUUGAAUGGCGGUUCGGACUUGAAAGUAGUUACCGAAAAGCCAAAAUCAGAAGAAGUUGGCGUUACAUCUGAUCUGUCACGGCCCAAGGAAGCGCUUGCCACCACUACCAGAGAGACUGAACCGUCAUGCUGGAAAACUAUGUUUAGGCCACCAGAGAGAGGUGAGGACUACACCAUACUCCAAGCACUUUUCAGCAUUGACAUGCUCAUUCUUUUCGUAGCAUGCAUUUGUGGUGUUGGAGGCGCAUUUACAGCAAUAGACAACUUGGGUCAGAUUGGAGCUUCUUUAGGGUACCAUAAACACAGCAUAAGCACUUUCGUGUCACUAGUAAGCAUAUGGAAUUAUUUGGGUCGGGUGGUGUCGGGUUUCGGCUCCGAAAUCUUGUUAAAAAGAUACAAAUUCCCUCGUCCUCUAAUGCUAACCCUAACCCUCUUGCUCUCUUGUGCUGGUCACCUUCUCAUUGCCUUCAAUGUCAAAAAUGGUCUCUACGUAGCCUCCGUGAUAAUAGGGUUUUGUUUAGGUGCCUUAUGGCCUCUACUUUUCGCCAUAAUUUCUGAGCUUUUCGGCCUCAAAUACUACUCGACUUUGUUCAAUUUUGGGGCAUGCGCUAGCCCGGUUGGACUAUACUUGCUCAAUGUGAGACUCGCCGGGCACAUAUAUGACAAAGAAGCCAAUAAGCAGCUUGCAGCAAAAGGGCUUGUGAGAGAAGUAGGUGAGGAGCUGACUUGCGUUGGGGGAGAGUGCUUCAAAUUGUCCUUCAUCGUGAUUGCAGCAGUUACAUUAUUUGGCACAUUUGUGUCGCUGGUUUUGGUGAUGAGAACGAGAUUUUACCAGAGUGACAUAUACAAGAAGUUCAGAGAGAAAACAGAAGCUGCUGAGGGAGAGAUGGCCAUGGCUGGUGAAAAUGGUGUCAAACCUUUGGCAACCAAUGGAAGAUCAUAGAGAUUUACAUGCCAUCAAGUAGA